UGUGAACGGGUAACAUUCUGUGGAUAGCACAUUUAAAUGUCACGUCAGAAUAAAGAGCUGAAGCAUAAGCAUCUUUUUGAUGGCACCGCUUGGAAUGUGUACGACCCGACUCUUUUAAAUCUAAGCGUAGGUGCUCCAGGCCCAGAUCUAUUGGAGCCCUGCUGUGAUAUUUUUCAACAGGCCACUGCCCAUUGCUUGACACACGAAAAAAAUGCCAACAAUUCUCUGAUCUUUCAAUAUGGACCAACAAUUGGAACCUAUGGGAUACGCAAGGAAGUUGCCAAGUUCUUCAGUGAGAUGUACACCAACUCCGUUAACUGCGAGGACUUGAUAAUCACAGCUGGCGCAACGCAAGGCUUACAUUUCGUGCUAUCUACUCUGAUUGACUUUAGUGGUUAUAUAUUUGUGGAUGAGUACACUUAUAUGAUUGCAUUGGACAGCAUGAAACACUUUACGAGUCUUAAAAUCGUUCCACUUAAGCUCAAUGACGAUGGCGUUGAUCUUGAUGACCUAGAUACAAAAGUAAGAGAGCGGCAUUUUAAAUCAGAGAACAAGGAGUUUUGGGCCAUUUAUUAUACAGUUCCCACUUACCAUAAUCCUACUGGCAUAUUGUUCUCACCAGCUGUUUGUCAUGGAAUUGUGCAGUUGGCACGCAAAUAUGACUUCUUAGUACUGUGCGACGAUGUCUACAACAUUCUCCAUUACGGCGAAAAACCCUUGAUUGAUCGUCUACUAUCCUAUGACGCUCGUACAGAUGCGGAUUUUGUCGGCAAUGUCAUUGCCAAUGGCAGUUUUUCGAAACUUAUUGGACCUGGUGUGCGCCUAGGAUGGCUGGAGGUGCCACCACGAGUUAAACAGCAGCUUGAUAGCAGUGGAAUCAUUCACAGCGGUGGUGGUUUCAACAACUACACAUCUUGCAUUGUGGCUAGUCUGUUUGAGCUGCAGUUGGCGCAAUCUCACAUUAAACAGCUCCACGAAGCAUAUAAAGAGCGGAUGUUGGCGACAAUAGAAGUACUGAAGUCUGAGUUACCGAAAUGCUGCCACUUUGUGCCGCCUAGUGGAGGAUUUUUUAUAUGGAUACGUUUGCCGGAUCAAUUGAAUGCGCGCAAUUUCAUGGAAUAUUGUAUGGAGCGUGAAAGGAUAACAUUCAUUGUAGGUUCACGUUUCGCAGUAGAAGAGGGAAAGGGACAGCAGUUCUUUCGUAUAACUAUAGGUUUCUACAACAAGGAAAAACUUGUGGAUGGUGUGAAGCGUCUGUGUCUGACUUUGCAGGCUUAUAUGAAGACUGUUGACAUGAACAAUUGUUGAUUUUAUAAUAUGGCGAACAGUUUCAAUUGCUUGUAUGUUGUUAUCGUAUUUUAAAUAAUGCUUAUAAAGAUACGACUUAGAACUUAAUCAGCUAUGUAGUUAGUUAUGAUAAAAUAUGUGUAUAUAAACAUUUUUGGGCACACUGCUUAAAAAUAUCACAAAUUUGAUCAAAUUUUUAAAAGUAUUCAAGUUUAACUUUACAAAAACAUUAGUUUAAACAUGCAACACCACGUCCUGACCCCCUCUUUUGAGGAUGAGAAUUUUUAACGAUAUUGUAUUGGAUAUUUUGUGCAUAAUACUUUGCUUGUACGACAACUGAAAUGCGUGGCGGCAAAUUCGAAGGAAAAAAAAUAACAAAUUUAUGACUAAAAACAAUUGUAAAAUAUUCAGUUACUCAGUGAAUGUGAGAACAAUCUCCUUGAGAGAGGUAUACGUGCCAAUUACGAGACCAAGAACGCCCACAAUAAUUAGCACAAAGUUGCCUAAGAAUGAAUUGUAAAUAAUUAUGUACAUAUAUUUAAAAGACUUCGGCUUAAAUACUCACUAAACAGCA